AUGAAGUUUAUUAUGUUACUAUGCGUAAUUUUUGUGUUACUGACUUAUUCAACAUUCAUAAGUAAAGCACACCAUGCUGAAGAAGAGGAUGAUGAAGACAUGGAUCACUCAAAAAACAAGGAAGAAGAUAAAGAUGAAAACGAAAAUGAGCAUGAAGAUGAAACUGAAGAGAAAAACGAGAAUGAUGAUAAAACUAAAGCAAAGAAUGAAACAGAACAUGAAAGUGUAGGGGAAAAGCAUAAAGUCAAAGAGAAAAAGAAGAAUAAGGAUAAAGAUAAAAUAAAAAGUGAGAAUGAAGAUGAGAAUGUGAUUGAUGAAAAUGUCGACUCAAAACAUGGAAUGGUAGGGGAAAAGCAUAAGGUCAAAGGGAAAAAGGAGAAUAAGGACAAAAAUAAAACGAAAAGUGAAAAUGAAGAUGAGAAUUUAAGUGAUGAAAAUGUCGACUCAAAACAUGGAAUGAAAGCAAUAUAUAAAGUUCUAAAGAAAUCCUUUAAAAAUGGACGUAUGAAAAUGUACAAAACAUUCGAUACUUAUUUGAGAAAAGAUGAUUUAGACAAGAAAAUGCUUGAAGUUGCUAAAAUUCUUAGCAAACGUAUUGAAAAACGAGCGGAUUAUCUAGCACUAAAAUUGAAUGAAAUGUUAGCAUAUGAAACAUCAUAGCAACAUAAAGUUUCAUUGUCUUAUUAAUUGAAUACAUAUAUAUCUUUGCAUUCAACAAACUGGAAAGCAUUACAGGAUACAUAAAUGUUUUACUGAUCUUACAAAUAUAUCAUCAUUACUACUACUACUACUACUACUACUACUACUACUACUA